AUGAUAGGAAGAGCCGACAUCGAAGGAUCAAAAAGCCACGUCGCUAUGAACGCUUGGCGGCCACAAGCCAGUUAUCCCUGUGGCCUAGCUUUAGCUGUCUUAAUGCGUACUGAACAUCAAGAUCAAGCCAGCUUUUGUCCUUAUACUCAGCGUGUGGUUUCUGUCCACACUGAGCUGACCUUUGGACACCUCCGUUAUUAUUUUGGAGAUGUACCGCCCCAGUCAAACUCCGCACCUGACAAUGUCUUUGACAUGGAGUGUAUCAAAGCCUUAAAUGUCAUAUGUACGGUGCACAAAUCGUUGCGAAUUAAACCAAUUUAA